UCGGUGCGUGCGGCUGUAAGUGUUGUGUCCCCAGUCUAACCUCGGAGGAGCGUGGCGGAUUAAAGUGAGGAGAAAAAAAAUUACUGAAGAGUGGAUUUGAAAGGACGAAGAAACUUCUCGGCGGAUUUUACAUUUUGACAAUCAGCAGCACUCUGUGAGUGUGUGAGUGGCUCAACAAACAGCGGAUCUCGUUAAAUCCCCUGCACUACACCUGGGGAAGCAGCAAUUCAGCAAUUAAAUGCAUCUCAGAGCUCAAACUACCUCUUUUUGUUUUGUUUUUUAAACUCUCCGAUCCAACGCGCCAGAGGUUUUCAACCAUGAACCAAACCGCGGGAGCCACGAACGCGUAUCGCCGGUGCUCCAAGGGAGGAAAGGAGCUGGUGGGCAGCAACCCUCCGCAGAGGAACUGGAAGGGAAUAGCGAUCGCCCUUCUUGUCAUUCUGGUCAUCUGCUCGCUGAUCGUCACCUCCGUCAUCCUGUUGACACCAGGCGAAGACGACCGUCUGGCUCUCAAGGGCAAGGUGACCGUCGGAGACCUCUUCAGGAGAGACUUCAAGGUCCACGACCCCCACGCCAAAUGGAUCAGCAGUAAUGAGCUGCUGUACCGCAAUCGUGACGGCGAUGUCGUCAAGUACGACGUCGACGCCGAUGAAAAGACCGUCUUGGUUCACAACAAGAAGUUUGAAAUGUACAAGGCCAGCAAGUACGAGGUGUCGCCCGACAUGAAGCAUGUGCUGCUGGCCUACAACGUCGCACCGGUGUACCAGCAUUCCUACACGGCGUUCUACAUCAUCUGCAGCCUGGAGACUCCGGAGACGUGGAACUUGAACCCUCCGGAGGUGCGGAAUGCUCAGCUGCAGUACGCAGGCUGGGGACCCCAGGGUCAGCAACUGAUCUUCAUUUUUGAGAACAACAUCUACUAUCGCUCGACGGUGGAGAGCCGCUCCAUUCGCCUGGUGUCCACCGGCAAGGAGGGUGUCAUCUUCAACGGCCUCAGCGAUUGGCUCUAUGAAGAGGAGAUUUUCCGCUCCCACGUCGCCCACUGGUGGGCUCCGGACGGCGCCCGGCUGGCGUACGCCACCGUCAACGACUCGCUGGUGCCCCGGAUGGAGCUGCCCAUGUUCACAGGAGCGCCGUACCCGAUGGGGAAGGAGUACCACUACCCGAAGGCCGGCGAGGAGAACCCGGUCAUCACUCUGUACGUGGUGAACCUGAACGGGCCUCUUCACACCAUCGAGAUGAGGAGACCCGACGACCCCAGGAUAGGUGAAUACUAUGUGACCAUGGUGAAGUGGGCGACCACCACCAAACUGGCCAUCAACUGGCUGAACAGAGCCCAGAACAUCUCUAUACUCACACUGUGCGAGGCCACGACGGGAGUCUGCACUAAGAAACAUGAGGAUGAAAGUGAAGGAUGGCUGCACAGACAGGACGAGAGGCCUCUGUUUUCCAAAGAUGGACUCAAGCUGUUCUUCACUCGGGCGAUUCCCCAAGGAGGCAGGGGCAAGUUCUUCCACAUCUCCAUGUCCAUCUCCCAGCCCAACACCAGUACGGACACGCUGCAGUCCAUCACCUCCGGAGACUGGGACGUCACCCAGGUCCUGGCCUACAACGAGGAGAGUCAGCUGAUAUACUUCCUGAGCACCGAGGACGGUCCGAGGCGGCGGCAUCUGUACAGCGCCGACACGUUCGGUUCGUUCAACCGCCGCUGCCUGUCCUGCGCCCUGUCCGACAGCUGCGGCUACGUCAGCGGCUCCUUCAGCCACAACAUGAGCUACUUCCUGCUCAACUGCAAAGGCCCUGACGUCCCGUUCGUUGCCGUGUACGAGACGCAGAGAGACGCCGAGAGCGAGACGCAGGACCGAGAGAGUAUCACGGAAGUUCACAAACUGGAGAGCAACGUGAACCUGAGACUGACCCUGGACUCCAUGCAGAUGCCCACGGUGGAGUACAAGGAGAUCAACAUGGAUGAUUACACUUUGCCGAUGCAGAUCCUCAAACCCGCCGGCUUCAUGGACACGUGCCACUACCCGCUGCUGCUGCUCGUCGACGGGACCCCCGGUGGUCAGACGGUGUCGGAGCAGUUCCACCUGGACUGGGCCACGGUGCUGGUGAGCAGCUUCGGCGUAGUGGUGGUGCGGUGCGACGGCCGGGGCAGCGGCUUCCAGGGCACCAACCUGCUGCACCGCAUCCAGAAGAAACUGGGCGCGUUCGAGGAGCAAGAUCAGAAGGACGCGCUCAAUUUUCUUUUGAAAGAGCCGUACGUCGACAAAACCCGAGUUGGAGCUUUUGGACAGGUCUACGGGGGAUACGUGACCAGCUUGUUGGUCAGCGGCGAGGAGACGCCAGUGAAAUGCGGAGCUGUCCUGUCGCCCAUCACGGACUUCGAGUUGUACGCCUCGGCGUUUUCUGAGCGAUACCUCGGACUGCCCAAACCUGAUCCGAGGGCGUACGCAAUGGCGAACUUAGCUCACAGAGCAUCUCAGUUCAUGGACAAGAAGUUUCUAAUCAUCCACCCGACAGCUGACGAAAAGGUUCAUUUCCAACACACGGCGAAGUUCAUCGCGCAGCUCAUCAAUGAAAAGGCCAACUACACCUUACAGAUCUACCCAGACGAAGGCCACUUCAUCCACAGCGAGGCAACGCGGCAGCACCUCAGCCAGUCGCUGGUGAACUUCUUCGAGGAAUGCUUCCGGCUACCGGAGCGGGUGUUCGAGGAGGCCCUGGAGGAGGAGAGCGAAGACGAGGGUUAGCUCGGCCCUGUCGAGGCCCCCCCCCCCGGGCCUCCCCGCCGUUCAUCCGGUCAUCUGCCGCGACACUGGCGCCCGACAGUCCACGAUAUCCGCUCUUUCCAUUUUGUUUUGCAUUCGGACUUCCCUCCCCGCGUUCCACCCGUCGAAUCCCGAGACUGCCCUUCCAGCAGCCGACGGAUCCCCUCCGACGUCCAUCCCACCUUCCUCGGUUUGAAUCGGAAAGGCCCCUCCUCCGGCGGGCCAACAAAGACCCACGACUUGACACGGCGAUUUUUUGGAAUGUACCGAUCGAUUGAAAGGAAACAGGAACGGGUCUCCCCUCGCAGCCGGAUGGACCAGCUCCUCUGAAGCGUCAGCUCUCACGCGGACUUCGAGGCUGUGAGAAGGGAGAAAGAAAAAAGAGAAACGUAUAGCACAUGACUUGUGGGCUUGUAUAUUAAUGAAGAAUCAGAUGCGUGGUUGGGGAAACAACGCCGCCGUGUCAGCGGCGUUUCCUCGCGAGCGUCUGGGAUUGUGUGGAUACAGGAAAUGUGACUAUUUUUAAAGUUGUGAAGAACUUUCCAUGUUGGACUGUGGUUGUUGUCCGUUUGUUCUUACAGUAUGUAAAAUAGCACACGAACAUUCACGCAGCUAUUACGGAUCCGUUUUUAUUUUUGGUUUUCGUGUUUGCCCCCGAUGUUGGUUUUCAUCAUGUAGCCUCACAUGCAUUUCUGACAAUUCCAUAACUGGCAAAAAUGUUUUUUGAAAGAAACAAAAUGGGUUAAUUAGUUCAUUUUAGACAAGUUUUACUGUGAAGACCUGGUUUUUUUUAACACAUGCUUGUUAAAAAAAUCAACUUGUUUUAGUCACCGUGCCUUACUUUGUCAGAAAACAUCUGUAUUAAAGAAUGACCAGUCUCAAUUUUUAGAGGAAUAGUUGGGGAAAUAUACUUAUUUGCAAGUGAUACCUAACUCAUUUCUGUCCCAGUAGAUAUGAAGGACCGCCACCAGCCAGUUAGCCGCUAGCAUAAAUACCGAGGCGGAGCUAGCUCAUCUGGUGCUCGCUGCGUUAGCAUGUCGCGACUCGUUCCAUCUGUAAAAAAACACAUUUCUCCCAAGUUGUGGUUCAGUACAACUUAGCGAGGCCACAUCUUUUAGCCCGCAGCGUUGACUUCCUGUUGUUACCGCGGGUGCUUGCAGACAGACUUUCUCGCUAUUUUGACAGAAGAACUAGCUAGUUUUUACGCGGCUACAGUCUCGAAAGCUAAGCUAAGCUGCGUUAACCAUCCAUUGGCUGCAAUUUAAUUUUGAACUAAUCAAUCUUCCGAUGUAACGCUCAACAACAAACGUGAACAAAUUAUAUUUCCCGCUAAAAUUGAGAGCUAGCUUCAACGGCUAAAACUUGAAGUUUCAGAGGGAAAUGGGGCGGAGUGACGUCUUUAACAACCGAGCUACAAUGUUCAUGUUCAGAAUCUGCACGCAUCAUUGCUCACGAGGUGUUAAAGAAUUGGUAGGUGAAUAAAACGUGUGUAAGCGGCUCAAAUCAGUGAACACAUUGUACGAGGUUGGAGGCAGGAAGCCAUUUUGGAUCCGUGUUACACCCUGAUGCGUUUGUAUGAAAAGGAAAAAAAUACAAAAUGAUCAGUUCCCGAGGCACAAGUUUAAUUUUCCAUGUAUUUAUUUCUGAUUUGAACGGUCAUUUGCGUUGCGUUCCAGUGCAUGUUAACGAGUUAUUUGCAAGCACUUACUCUCCUCUCAGUUCCGCGUGGCAAUUUUUUGACAUCUUGAAUGUUCCUCGCUGGAUUGCAUUAAAAAUUACAUUUUCAGUAGUAAUUGUGAUUGAGAACCCUCGUCUCUCGUCAGCUUGAUGUGUAAAUGUUAUUCAAAUAUCAUUUUAUUCUAAGAAAAAAAAAAAAGACAGAAACAAUAUUACCUGAGUGUUAUUUGUGCAUAAAGCAUUUUGGAAAUUA